ACGAAUUCACCAAAAAUAAAGUAAAACUGUUGUGAGCAGAAAGUAAAUCAGUUAGUGCUCAUGCGCUUACUUUGAAAUGCAGACGCUUAGAAAGUUGGGGAAAACAUUAAUAUGUAUCUUUUCCUACAUGCGAAUUCCUUUUAAAGAUAUGCGUGUGAACUAGAAAUAUUUACUGAAUCCGAUAUCCUGCUGAAAUGAACAAGCAAGCAGAAAACAACCUACUCAAGUACCUAAAAUAUAGAACUGAUAUUGUGGGUGUUACUGUAACAGGUAUGGAAAUGGCGGAUGAGUUUCCAACUCCAUCAAAUGUAGAUCCAGUUGAAUUACAAAAAAAUAUACAAUUUAACUUAAACACAAACCCCAAAGCCAAGGAAAAAUAUGUCCCUCCAUUACUGGAACCUCUGCCAUGUUUGAAGCUACGUCAGGAAAAGGUUGCAGCACAGUACUACAUUUGUGAUAAAGUACAAGUAACUGAUGUGUCUACAAAAUUGGUAAAAACAAGUUCAACUCAUUUGCCUCCUAUUGACAUAGCUGAAGCUGAAACCGAUUUACCAAUUGCUUUGAGAGGGAAGAAACGAACUCACCGUAUGAAAUCGCUCUUCCCUGAAUCUUAUGCCAAAGAUUUAUUUAAAUUUAAGAAGUUUGGCAAAGUCGAAACAAAUAUUUAUAGAGGUAUGAGAGAUAUGAAUGACGUAAUCAGGUGUCUAUGUGCUAAUAAGGAUAAGAGUAUUGGUUUCCUUUACUUGAGUUGUCCAUUAUGUUGA